UGAAGACAAGUUUUAGAACUCGGUAAGAUAAAAAACGGUUCUAGUGAGAGUUGAGAGCUCUUCUCUCUAGAGUGACCCCUCCGGUCAUCUCUAUUCUCCCACGCCGUUUUUACCGCCGUCCACAGUGGUGGUGGCGCCGCCGGAGCCCUCCCGGCUCCGGUGGGGUGGCUGGUCUUUAUUCUAAGGUUGAUUUUUGGAAAGUUUCCCACUUCGGUGAGAUAUGUAUGGGUUAUUGUGUGGUUUUGUUCGAAGAAGUGCUGCAGCUGGUUUUCUUCUCCAAUAAACUACCUGUCCGCAGCUUCAAGCUACACCCGGGGGUGCUGGAUUAUUUGCCUCGCUGAGUGACGGCCGUGGGAGGACUGACUUGGUGACGGAAAGGCGAGGGGGUGGUCUAGUGUGCAACGGGUUUGGUGGAUGGCGUGCGACUGGGUUUUUGUUGGGCGGAAGGACACUGGUAGUACGACUGGUUCUGUGUUGUCGGUGCCGGAGGAGUAGUUCGAUGGAUUCCUUCGCGAUUGAGGUAAGUCCGACUACCCUCUACCAUUUGAUGGAUUUUUGUGGGACUUAAGGUUUCUGUUAACGUCUGGGUUUCGCCGGAGAAGACGACUGGCCACGAGGAGUCUGAACCGCCCGUCGUUGUGUUUUUCCUUUCUGUGGAUUCCGGCUACUGUCAUUCCGCCUCGACACGCCGUCUACCAAUGCCGUUGGGGGCCGCCGGGGCUCAACGGGGGUGGAGGUGGAACGGGGAACUUUGGUUUGGCUUGGGUUACUAUUCCGGCUUGAAUGAAAAUGGUUCUCUCUGUUUACCCUUCAGUCGCCGGUCGCCGGAAAGCUUUGGUGGUGCCGGACCAGGUGGGGUGGCUGGGACGGGGGGUGGGUUCUGUUCCGGUUUCGAAUUGUUUGAUGUUUCAUUUGCCUCUUCUCGCCGGUCGCCGGAAGGUAUGGAGUCGCCGGGCAAUGCUGGGGCAGGGGGCGGGGUUUACGCGAUGUGGACAGGUGGGGUUUGGACAGCCUGUCAGGAUGUUUGACCAAUUUUGAAUUUUGAAAUUCCAAUGCUGGUGCGGCGCUGGAGUUGCGAUGGGAACCCUAGGAGACUGGGCCGGCUUUGGACUUUGGGAUGGUUGACUUGGGCCUUUUCUUGGGCCGCGUUUCUUGCUGCUGGACUGCUCACAUGCAGGAAAGCUGUUAUGUUUGAUGCAGGGAAGGGACUUAGUUGGGCCUGGACUGCUGGAGUAUAAUUUUUGCUGGACUUCCCAAUGAUGGGCCUUCAUUGGUUCGGACUUGGCUUUGAUUUGUUUUUGAUGAAUGAGUCGGGGACUGUCCCGUACCAUUCUUGGAUUAUUGUUUUGUGAUGUAUUUUGAACUAUAAAAAAAAAAUCCUCUCUCCCCCCUACCGGGGAGGGGGGUAGACGGUAGAUUCUAUUUUAGGUUAGCUUGCUAGCUUAGAUUGAUCUUUUGAUACAUGUAAUUGUUAUUUUUCUGGAUAUAUAUAUUUACAUUUUAUCCAAAAAAAAAAAUAGAACUCGGUAAGAUCUUUCGAACGAGAUAUUAAACUCUUUCAACGGCAC